AUAUACAUGAAAUACCAAGCUAGAAUCAUCCCAGAAGUUUCUUCAAGGAGGCCUGAAAAUGAGUGACACAGCGGGAAAUAUGAAAGUCUGCAACGACAAGUGUGGCUGUACCGUGCCAUGCCCCGGUGGCCUGGCUUGCAGGUGUACACCAGGAGAGAAAGUAAGUAGUGGGAGUAGUGGAGAUGACCAUAUUAAGUGCUCGUGCGGUCAGCACUGUGGUUGCAACCCUUGCACUUGUGCUAGGAGUGUUGUCUCCACUGGAGUUGGCAAGGCCUACUGCAAGUGCGGUGAAGGUUGCACUUGUGUCACCUGCACCUCAUGAAUAAUCAUAUACAUGAUAUAUAUAUAUAGUCAUGCAUAGACAUAACAUAUGUAGAUAUAGUAUAUGUAUAAGGCUUUUUAUGUUAUGUUGUAAUAAUAAUUAAAUAAAGAAAAUAUGUUCAUGGGGUCUUUUGCUUUCUUCAA